GCUCGGCCCAGAAGUGGGCACCGGUCCGGGUAGUGGCCCUCCCUCGGUGUUGUCGGACCCGGAGCCGUCUGCGAGCCCCUAGUUGUUGCUCCUGGUUCUUUCAGGUCUACGUGUCUGUUGUUCCCAGCGCUCUACUGGGCUAUAGAAAGAGGAGGAACCUGUCCAGAAUCCCCGCAGGAAAAGGAGGGGACGCUCAACAUGGAAAAACUCUGCAGUGAAAAUGAAGCGAAGCCUGAGAACCAGGGCAAGAUGGAAAACAAAGAACAGCCACUGGAUGCAGGAAAACCAGGAGCAGCUUGUACUAGGGAAGAUGAGGAAGACUUAGAAAACCAGGGAAGGACAGAUCCCAAGGGAAAGACAGAUGAGGAAGUAUUAACAGUUACGGAAAGGCCAGAGAGUGAGACCAAGCCAAAAGAAGGAGCCCCAGAGAGCCAAGAAAAGCCAGAGAGUGAGGAACAAGCGCAAGAAAGAAAAGCAGAGAGCGAGGGGAAGCCAGGGAGUGAGGAAGAAGCAAAAGAAACAAAAGCAGAGAGUGAGGGGAAGCCAGAGAGUGAGGGGAAGCCAGAGAGCGAGGGGAAGCCAAAAGAAGACAAGCCAGCCAGCGAACCAAGGGAACCGAGGGCUGGCAGAAAGCGCCCCGCUGGGGAGGAUGUACCCAGGAAGGCCAAAAGAAAAACCAACAAGGGGCUGGCUCAGUGUCUCAAGGAAUACAAGGAGGCCAUACAUGAUAUGCAUUUGAGCAAUGAAGAGAUGAUAAGAGAAUUUGAUGAGAUGGCCAGGGUGGAGGAUGAGGUGAAGAAAACCAGACAGAAAUUGGGGGGGUUUAUGUGGAUGCAAAAAAGUUUACAGGACCCCUUCCACCCAAGGGGCCCAAGGGAACUCAGGGGUGGCUGCAGGGCCCCGCAAAGAGGCUUUGAAGACAUUCCUUUUGUGUAGUGCCUGUGGCAGGCAUUUACCAGGCCUUGUGCUUUAUUAACCUUAAAUGCUAAUCCUAUACUUUAGGUGUCGCUCUCAUUAUUCAACUGCAGCCCUCUAUGUUUCAGUAGCAGAUUUUCAUCCAUUGCAUGGAAAAAUGUUUAUGGUG